UAUCACGUGACCAGGCGUGACGUCAGACAUCAGCUGAUCGCUGCAAAAGGCGGAGAGAAAGAAAUAAGAUGGCGCUGACUGACUGUCCAAGGAUGAAUUCUCUUUCCUCAGCGGUGCUCGGCCUCCUUCUCCUCUCCACCGGUGUCUAUGGAGACAGCUUGACGGUGCUGCAAGCUCCAGAGUUUGUGUCCUUCCAGAAAGGAGAGUGGCCUGUUUCUGGAGAGAAGAUACCAGACUUGGUUGCGGUCACCAUGGGCUUCUCUGUUCAAGAGGAUCUGUCUUGGCCUGGUCUCCAAGCCGGUCCUCUGUUCCAGCGUCCCCGUGCAAACGUUCUGGUGGUGGUCCGAGGAGCAAAGAGCCUCGACUUCCCUCAAAGUGUGGCCUCCUAUCCACUAGAGAAUCCGGUGCCGUUCACAAUGGACAGCGUCGCAGAGACCGUGCAUUCCCUAUUUGCUGAGGACACACCUGUCGUGCUGCAGCUGGCCCCCAGUGAAGAGAGGCUGUACAUGCUGGGCAAAGCCAACGCCGUGUUUGAGGACCUCCCUGUGACUUUGCAGCAGAUUCGAGGCCGUCUGUCCCAGGAGGGUUCUGUGCUGGCUUCCCUGCCCCUCAACUCCCUCAGCAGAAAUGCAGAGUCAGAUUUACUCUUUCUGUCCGAGAUUCAAGUCCUGCAUGAUAUCACAGCUCUGCUGCAAAGACACAAGCACUUGGCCAAGGACCACUCCCCAGACCUGUACUCCUUAGAGCUAUCUGGCUUGGAGGAGCUGAGCCGCGCCUACGGACCAGACUCGCCACAGUACCGUGACGCCAUCACCAUUCUCGCCUCCGUCUUGCAAAAGUUUGGAGAGGAUGUGUACACUCUCUAUGGCAACAGCGCCGUCGUGGAAGUGGUAACCGUAAAGAACUUUGAGGCGCCUUUGACCAGGAAGUCUCGCUCCAUUUUGGAGUCCAAACAGAUUAGCAACCCAGGCAGCCCCUACAACCUGGCCUACAAGUACAACUUCCACUACGCCGUGGUCUUCAACAUUGUGCUGUGGCUCAUGAUCGUGCUGGCGCUCGCCGUCAUCGCUGUGGGAUACAACCUGUGGAACAUGGACCCAGGCUACGACAGCAUCAUCUACAGGAUGACCAACCAGAAGAUUAGGAUGGACUAAAACAAAACCUGACCUCCUUUAGUCCCCCAGAUACCCGCUUGUCUUUGGUUUUGUGUGACGUUGUGUUUUGUGAAUACCUGAAGGUUUGCAACGCUGCUGUGAUCAUUGAAAAUGUUGAAAUUACACAUUUUAUUCCUUGUAGGUAAACCUUCUCACUGUUUUGUGAAAUUCUGCAACUGUUUUAAAUUAAGUAUAUGUGUAUAUAUUGAAAAUAUGAUUAAAUGACAAACUGCUGAGCUCUUGUGAAAAAAAUAUAUUGUGAAGAGACGUGUUGUGUUUACUCAUGCAAAUAUUAAACAGACUAAAAACAAAUGAGCUGUAAAUGGUUAAACAAUGAAUAAAUUAUUAUGGGUAAGACUCCUUAUUGUCCGUUUUAAUCUUAAACAUAAAUUAUACAACGUUGAUGUUUUAAAUAUUUAUGUUUGCACAUUUAUUUUGAUUUCCCUGUGUACAGUAUGUUUGAAACAGUUUUUUUACAUUUAAAAAAAAUGCUACGCCGUAAGGUUAGCCUUUAAUCAAAUCCCUCGGUUUCAAUCGCGUCAAUAUGUGCAAUCUGUCACAUAGGAAGGAACAUUUCGUCAGAACGCAAACUAAAAAAUAAAGGAGCGGCCGGUUUGUUUAUUUUCCUUGUGACUCGGCCACGUGAUCCUGUUGCGUAAACGCUCAGCCAAUCUGAGAGCAGAAGAUGCCUUAAGUCCCGCCCUCACUGCCAUUCGGCGUAUAUAACUGGCUGUCAGCUUUGGUAAACACUUCCUGGUUUGCUCUCGCUAGCAUCGGAAACACCGCAGCGUUCUUUGUCACAUAAUAUAAUAAUACUAGUAAUAAUACUCUGUAAGGUGCAGAUAUGGUUUGACUCAUCGUUAAAGCGAGCAUCUACGUGUGCAGGAAGAUCCGGGCUGCCAUUGCUGGCGAGGAGCAACUGGAAAAGCCGAUCAUAACGCCAUGUUAUGCUAACGCUGAAAGAGGAGCGGCGACACAAGCCCUGAGAGGUCCACCGCCGGCCACCGUCAUGACUUGUGAAGACAACGAAGGCGUCGUCAGGACAACAGGCUCCGGGAUGCCUUCAACUGUUCAGAAAAGUGGCUCUUGAUGUUAAAAAAAAAAAAAACAGGAUAAAAUAACACGGGUCAUUAAACUGUAUAAAAAUCGUCUGACUAUCCACAAAAUGAUGACAUGAUUCUCAAUCAAGCUUACUGAUCCUCAUGUUAAAAAGAUAAGUCAAAUGUUGUUUUAUAUUGUUUUAAUGACCAAAUUGUGUUCCUGCUAACACAUUUUACAGUUUUAUUGUACACUGCAGUGUUUGAAGAAUGACUCACCAACCUCUUCUCCAGAGGCUGAGCCUGUCUGAUGUUGCUUUUGCAGUGAUAACAAUCAAAUUGGUGCUUGUAUAAACCCUUACAAACAUG